AUGGUUCACAUUAGUAAAAUUUUUAUAGUUAAAGAUGUUGGAACUACAUGGUCAUCAUGGUACAAAGUUGUAACAACACGUCAGCAGUAUGCCAGUUUGUUGGAGCUAAUAAAAGAGAAGCCAGAAAUUGCUCAGGGGUUCUCCAAAUGCUCGAAGGAAGAGGUAGCCGAGUUUUGGCAAAAUGUUGCGAAGCAGCUUAACAGUAUAGGCCCACCAACCAAAGAUGUGUGGUUAGAUUGGAAGGCUUAUAUAAAGCGAAAAUUGUCCGAAAACAAGAGGGAGCAAACAACAACUGGCGGUGGUCGAUAUAAGCAGCACCACUUUAAUGAGAUGGAAGAAGAAGUCAUCAGACUGACCGCUUUAGAGACCAGCACACACGGUAUCCCAGGCGCAGUAAGUGUGGGACUACCUGCUACUGUCGAGGCAGAGAAUAGUGGACCCGAUCCGGACGUAUCCAUGCUGUCGGAUAACUGCAGUCCUUCUUUCACGAGACGUGCACCAACUGUCCAAAAGCGAGUCGGUACAAGUACUGCAGAUCUUAUAAAAGAGCAGAUAGCGCUUCAAAAGGACUUCCAAGCAAAGAGUCUGCAGCAUUUUGGCACCAUAGAAACAUGGAGUGCUUGA